GGCACAGUGUGGCAUCAUCUCUAUAUAACAGUAAUGCUGAGGAUAAUAGCAGCUGUACACAAGAGGGGCAUCACAGGAGAUCAAUGGAUCCGCUAAUGGGGAUUGGGUGGAGAUCAGAGCUCCAUGUCUGUACCAGGGGAGGAGGACUGCAGGGUACACACUGCUUGCUGUAAUACUAUGGCCUCCUGCCUAACAUGACACCCCCCAGUGCCCUGCCUGACACACUGUCCCGGAGCAUUUAUAGGAGGUUAGUGCUGAUCCUGUGCUCCCUGCUCAUGUCCUUCUAUGUCUUCUACUGCCUGACCGAGCAGAGCCUGCCGGGGCCCAUCAUCGGGACCCCCGAGGAGGAAGAAGCCGGGUACCUGGACCCCCACCUGCCCAUCUGGCACUCGGUAAAGAGGAGAAGACUGAUCCUGUCUAGGCUGGCAGGGCAGAGAGUAAGCGUGCGCCAGGGGGCGCUGUGGAGUCGCCUCUUCCCCAAUGUUGGGGUACCGUACCCUGUGUCAGCCCAGGAGGGCAUCACCCUAACUUCACUGGGGGAAGGGAGCAAGAAGCUGCCACAGUCCAUCAUUAUUGGGGUGAAGAAAGGGGGGACCAGGGCCCUGCUGGAGUUCCUGAGGGUGCACCCCGACAUCAGGGCUGUGGGGGCUGAACCCCACUUCUUUGAUAGGAACCAUGACAAGGGACUGGACUGGUACAGGGAAUUGAUGCCAAGGACAUUAGACAGUCAGAUCACCAUGGAGAAGACUCCAAGUUACUUUGUGACCAAGGAGGCUCCAGCCCGGAUCUCUGCCAUGUCGAAGGACGCUAAGCUGAUAGUGGUGGUGAGGGACCCAGUAACUCGCGUGAUAUCGGACUACACCCAGACAUUGUCCAAGAGGCCAGACAUCCCCACGUUUGAAAGCUUGACUUUUAAAAACAGAACUAUGGGUCUAAUCGACAUCUCAUGGAGUGCCAUCCAGAUUGGUAUCUAUGCCAAGCACUUGGAGAACUGGCUCCAGUAUUUCCCUAUGAGUCAGAUCCUCUUUGUGAGCGGUGAGAGACUGAUCACGGAUCCCGCAGGAGAACUGGGACGUGUCCAGGAUUUCCUGGGACUUAAACGAAUCAUCACGGACAAACAUUUUUAUUUUAACAAGACUAAGGGUUUCCCAUGCUUGAAAAAAGCAGAAGGUAGCAGUAAACCCCAUUGUCUGGGGAAAACUAAGGGCAGGACUCACCCCAACAUAGACCCAGAAGUUGUCCAGAGAUUGCGAGAGUUCUACAGGCCAUUCAAUAUGAAGUUCUACCAAAUGACUGGCCAUGACUUUGGUUGGGAUAGUUAACAGAUAUAUGAUAUAGAAUAUACAAUAUAUAUUUUUCUAACACAGAAAUGUAAAGUAAAUAUUUAGCAUCACAUCUUCCUAUAUACAAGACAUUAUAUUGUGUCGUAUGACAGCUUUUCUUUCCUGUAAUAUGUAUAAAGUCUUAUUUAAUUACAGCUUUAGUUACUUAUCUUCAAGUUUAUUUUUGAAGUUUUUUUUUACAAUGUAGAACUUUAUAAUCAGCAUCUUUAUAUUGACAUGUCCAUACAAACUACAAUAUACAAUGUCACAACCCUUUUACCUGGCCUCUGUAUGGUUCCAAAAAUAAGAUCUCAUGACACCUUGCACCAAAUGCCCCAUCCUUAGGCACAUUACACCACAAUAACUCCUCACCCCAUCAUUGAUAAAUGUGGAAAGAAAAACAACGACCUUGUUAAGUGCCAUUUUGUAUAAUUUUUAACCCACCAAUAACUGUGGUUAAAUACAGUUAUCAUGUUACCACCUGCACCAUCUACACUCUCCUAUAUGAUCUGAACCACCUUGUCAAUUAGCACUUGUAGCUGUAUAACUUAUCGCAGGCCAGACAUUUUCACCCUACUUCAUGGUCCAGCUAUGUUUAUAGUGUUGUGAUCCUUCAAUCCUCUUUUCAAAGAAUUAAAGUGAAUUUUAUAGCUCAGAUUGUAAUUACAGUAGGUUGUCGACUAUAGUUUGUUCACCAUUUACUUAUUUUCAUUUUUUUUUUUACAUAUAAUGGAGGCAGACAUUUUGCAACCUUAAGGGGGAUACCUCAUAAAAAUGACAUAUGGAUAACAGAUGGAAAUCCCAUUUUUUAUGUGUGGACCAAAAUUUGUAUGGAUGUGUCUACAAAACGGUGAUUGUUCAAUUAAUAAUUUUUCCUCAUCACCCUCUCUCUAGCCAAUGUCAUUGGCCACCUUUAGAGCUAGUGGGCUAAAUAUAAUGCCUAAAACUUGCCGUAAACAUUAGAAACUCAUCCGAAUCCACAGAUUUUGGAAGGAUCUGCUGACUAUCUAAUGUGUAUGAAGACAGGGAGGGAAAAGCCGCCAUAUCCAUUCAAGUCGAACAUGUCUGUGUACAUGGUGGUCAGAUUUAAGUGGUCAGAUUUAAAUAAACAACAUGGCUGCAUUCAGUAUAUACAGGAAAUGUGAACAUUUAAAACAAAGUUUCAUGAGAUCUUCAUAAAGGUUAUUAGUCAUUUGGGGAAAUGUUUGUACUUGUUUGAGGCAUUUACGUAAAGUUUUGGAAUUGUACCUCUCAAACAUAUCAUUUAAAAGCAUUUGUUUAACAAUUAACACGUCUCAUUAUUCUGCUGAAUUACCCACAAAUAAUUGUGUUUUCUCAUUUCCAGCAGCAUGUUUUAUGAUUGCUUUAUUUCGGUGACACAUGCGGUAAAUGGCUCCGUUCAUCUUACUGGAGAAAUUAUUCUUUUCCUCUUUUUUAAUUGUCACCUCCUGCAUUGCUCUGACUUAUUCACACCAUAAGCUAAGAUUGUAAAAAGGGAAGACUUAGACCCCCCAUCAUUUUCUUAUUGUUUAGUUUAUGCUUAAAUGCACCAAAGCCCAAUGUGAAGUAUCUGUAAGGAAUUGCCUCAUGUAAAUUCUAAGAAAAGAAAAUAUAAAAUGUCCUAAUCAAUGGCUUUUUUUCUACUUAAUAUGAUGGGUUUUUUUUAUU